AUGUCUGUGCGAGAGAAGGUUUUUGUGCGGAAGUCAAGGAGAGGCAACGUCCAAGUUAUCGCGAGAGAGCAUUAUCUUCGGGACGACCUGGCUUGCGGCGCACUGAAUUGCCCGUCUUGUCCUAAGAAAAGUCUGGGCAAGGCGGCUGGUCGUCUACCUUCCUCCAAACGCGUCCUGGUCCCAGACACCGAUGCGGUUUUAAGGCAACCUGAUAUGAUAGUGAAGAAACAUCCUGCACUAUCCGAUGUUCUUUUUUUGCAAAGCACGCUGCGAGGUGUGCGAUCGAAAUCAGCAGAAAUUUACGAUCAUGUUCGAAGUAUAUUGACAACGGAAGAAGACGGGAAGUAUACAGCGAUUUUCUCAAAUGAGAAUAGGAGGGAAACAUAUGUACACAGAAAGCAGUCUGGAGAACCAGAAGAUGCAUACGACCGCCGUCUCACAGUGGCAGCCAUAAAAUGGCUCAACACACACUGGAAAGGCCUGGGUAUGCAAGCAGUUCUUUUGAGUGACACAUCAAAAAGCAGUUCUGAGGAUGUUGGCAUUCCAGUAGUUACCGUUAAGUCUAUUGUUGAGAAGCAUGAAGACUUGCUGGAGCUGUAUGCGGAGCGGGAUGAGGAACCGGAGGACAUGGAAGUAGAAAAUGGCUCUGACGAAAAACCGUCAAGAACCAAACGACCACGCGCAAUCUAUCCCGACUAUAUACCGGAGCGUAAGGCGAAGGCUGGUGUAAAAGCAGGUCGAUACUAUCAGGGGACCUUCCACCCGAGCCCGUAUGACGUCACAGAAGCUCAUGUCACUGUCUGUCUGGACCCGAAGGACAAGACGAAACGAACACAAGUCUUGGUGAAAGGGAGAGAAAAUCAAAAUCGAUCCAUUGAAGGUGACAUCGUCGUGAUCGCUCUGCUGCCAAAAUCGGAAUGGAGCAUUCCAUCAAAUCUUGCGAUUGGAAUCGAAGAUGCUGACGUUGAUAGUGAUGCUGAGGAAUCGGAGAUUGAUGUCGCGACAUCUUCGAAGACAACCGAUACCGAGGGACCGAAGAAAGAAGCAAAACCAACUGGUAAGGUUAUUGCAAUAGCGCAAAGAAGCUGGAGACCAUAUUGCGGCACUGUGAGUGAACAGAGCUACAAGGGUGGAGAGAGUGCAUUGUUUGUACCGAUUGCUCGCGGCGUUCCAAAGGUUCGAGUCCGUUCAAGGAGAGUGAAGGAAUUCAUCGGAAAGCGCGUGCUCCUAAUCGUGGACAAGUGGGACCGCAACUCCUUGCACCCUUCAGGACAUAUUAUUAGGGAAAUCGGGUCGAGCGGAGAUAAGGAGGCAGAGACCGAAGUCAUCCUGAUUGAAAACGGAAUCCCGACGAGAAAGUUUUCUGACGCAGCGAUGGGUUGCCUUCCAGAUGAAACAUGGAAGGUAACAGAAGAGCAUGUAAAGUCGCGUUGGGACUUACGAGAUUGGACCAUCUGCAGCGUGGACCCUCCUGGGUGUACUGACAUUGACGACGCAUUGCAUUUCCGACGGAUAUCAGAUGAAGAGGUGGAAAUUGGUGUUCAUAUCGCAGAUGUUACUGCAUUUGUGUCGCAUGACUGCGCACUUGACAAGGAGGCUGCAGAGCGAGGAUGUACGGUUUAUCUCGUAGAUCGAAGAAUAGAGAUGCUUCCAUCGCUGCUCUCGGGCAACUUUUGCUCUCUUCGUGGCGGGGAAGAGCGAUUAGCAUUUUCAGCACUGAUUCGUAUGGAUAACGACGGUAACGUGAAACAAGUCGAAUUUGGUCGGUCUGUUAUCAAAUCAAGUGCAGCUCUCACGUAUGAAGCGGCACAAAAUCGGAUCGAUGCUGCUCGCAAGGGCAUGUCGAAAGGAAAAGCCGUGGAUGACAAAGUGACAGAGGGGCUUCUAGGACUUGCUGACAUUGCGAGAAAACUACGGGAAAGGCGUAUGGCAGCUGGGGCUCUCAUUCUGGCUUCCCCAGAAGUGAAGUUUAAGAUAUCCGAGGAGCGGGAUCAAAUUACUGAUGUGGCGAUGUACCAAAUCCGGGAAACGAAUCGAAUGGUGGAGGAAUUCAUGCUUCUCGCGAACAUUGUAGUGGCAGAAAAGAUGUUGAAGCAUUUCCCACAAUGCUCCAUGUUGCGGCGUCACCCGAAGCCUUCGGAGGAAAUGUUUGAGCCUUUGACUAAGGCUGCAAAAUCUGCAGGCUUCGAUAUCGACGUGUCCAACAGCAAACGGCUAAAUGAGUCAUUGGCAGAGAUUGAAGAGAAGGCUAAGGCGCAGGGAGAUGACUACCUCGGGACACUGCUGCGUAUUAUCGCGACGCGGUCUAUGACACAGGCUGUCUACUUCUCGUCUGGGGAGGUAUCAGACCCUGAAUAUCUUCACUACGGUUUAGCAGCACCUGUAUAUACGCACUUUACGUCUCCCAUCCGGAGAUAUGCCGACGUAAUUGUGCACCGACUGCUGUCAGCUAGCAUGGGUUUUGCUUCAUUGCCGAUGAGACUGCAGGAUUCACAACACGUGAAUCAGUUUGCUGAAUCGAUCAAUCAACGUCAUCAAUGUGCGCAAUACGCGGCACGGUCAUCGACGCUUCUGCACACUGUGCUGCUAUUCAAGAAGGCUGGAGGACAGGUUCGGGAGCCAGCUCGAAUUAUUCGGAUACUAGGAAACGGGGUGGUUGUGCUGGUGCCCAAAUACGGUGUGGAAGGCAUUGUGCACAUCGAUGAAGAUCAGCACCCCGUAGUGGACGAGAGCGGGUCGCAGAUGACGCUGUCCGGGGGUCUGGUGUUGAAGAUGUUGGGAAACAUCAAAGUGGGUAUCCGAGUUGACUCUGCUCCGGAGCGGAUGGACAGAGCACCCCGCAAUGGUGGCAGCCGAGGGUCCUUCCUCCGUGCUGACCGCCAAGCCCGCCAACGGCGCCGCCUCCGCCGCCAACUCACCCCCCCCCAUCCACCGCCGUCACUACCUCCUCCCCCAACCAGAGCCCCGGCCGAACCCUCGCUGCCACCCCUCACCUCCAGCGUGUGGAGUUUCUCUACACGAGCACCCCAGUGGAGGGAUGUGAUCUCCUCCCCUACGUCGUCAUUCGCACGGCCGCGGGCGAGGCCAAGUCCGCAGAGACCAUCGAGGCCAAGACGCGUGGCGCGCUUUCCGUUCAGUAUCGCUGGAACCGCUGCGCCUCCACCUACAGCUGUGCUAGAAACUCGUGCUUCAAACCUGCCGCUCAUCAGUUUGUCCCGCUGCUCAAGAUCGCCGCACACUAUGCCCUCCCGGCGGACCAGUUCGAGUCGGUCAUUCGCGACUCCUUCUUCUGCACCAUUGAGUGCAUGCGCACGAGCUGGGAUGUCCUACGUGGCUAUGCUGAGAAAAUUGCCCGCACGAAUCCUAUCAAGGUUUCAGAGGUUGCUUUCAUUCGAAACUAUGCCCCGACCCCUGAUGACGUCGGUCAUAUCUUGGAACUCGUUUGUCGCUAUGUACAGAGGAAUUCAGAUGGCACCGUAG